UCUAGAAACGUACUCUCAAGGUAGCUUCAACAAUACACAAUGUAAUUAGUAGAAGCUCCGCCCGCUCCACCUACGGAACCUUAUGCAGACCUGCCCCUUCGUCGUGCGUUGAAAGGAAUCUCCUGAUUUGCAUACCGCGUAUUUGAUAGGAAGAGCGGUUGCCAUAGACGAAGAUUGGUAGCUUGGAAACGAUGCCUGGUGGGUGGCAGUUUGUUAAGCGCAGGAGCACCAGCAGCCUGAGUGUGAGUUACGGACCCAGGGUAGCGAUGUGCUUGCAAGGAGUCGACAUGGAUGAAGAGCCAGGGACAGGAAGCGGUUUCGUAGAACUCUUCGGGAACGCCACCGCGAACGACACAAUCCUGGACCCGCACGGCAGCCCACCUCUGCCGCCGGAGAGCAUAGUCAUCCCGGUGAUUUUCGCCUUCAUAUUCUGCAUCGGGGUGGUGGGAAACGCUCUGGUCAUAGUGGUUCUCCUUCGGACAGGCCGAGAGUUGGAGAACACCACUAACAUCUUCAUCCUCAACCUCAGCAUCGCAGACCUGCUCUUCAUCGUCUUCUGCGUGCCCUUCCAGGCUGCAGUCUUCACUCUACCUGAGUGGAUCUUCGGACUCUUCAUGUGCAAGCUCGUGCACUUCUUCCAGAAGGCCACGAUGCUGGCGUCGGCGUUCAACCUGAUGUCGAUGUCCGUGGACCGGUACAUGGCCAUCGUACACCCGGUGGACUCCAUCGACGUGCGGAAGCCGGGGCUAGCCUGGGCGGUGGAGCUGGUCAUCUGGCUGCUGGCCAUGGGGGCAUCGGCACCGCAGCUCGUCUACUUCAAGGUCAUCGACGGCCAGGACCACAAUGAGAUCGGCGACUUCUGCGUAGAGGAGUGGGACGACCUGGAGGCCCAGCGCCCGGCCUACCUGGUCGCCCUCUUCGUGCUGGGCUACAUCGUGCCACUGGUCAUCAUCGCCAGCUGCUACUACCUGGUCGUCCGCCAACUCAACGGGAUGUCCAAGCACAGUCAGGCCAACCGCGCCAAGAGGAAGGUCACCAAGAUGCUCAUCGUGGUCGUGGUUGUGUUUGGGAUGUGUUGGCUGCCGCACCACAUCCUCAACAUGUGGGUGAUCUUUGGUAAUUUCCCCUUCACGCCCCCGACCUAUGCCUUUAACCUGCUCGCGAUGUGCCUGGCGUAUGUUAACUCGUGCGUUAACCCGAUUAUUUACGCCUUCCUCUCGUCGGAGUUCCGACACGGUGUGGGGGAGUUGGCGUGUAGAUGAACGAAACGAGUUGUUCAUAUCCAAGUCCCCAUUUUCGUACUAGACGGCGAUCGCGCUGCGAACUCGCUGCGACCCGAAUAGGAUUUGUGUAAUACCCCUGUCACAUUUGACGAAAAUCGAUCGGACG